AUGUGUCCACCAUUGCCUCUUGGACACUGGAAAAUGCUACUAUGCAAAAUGUGCUGUUCAGAUCCAUAUCUAUCAUUACUGAUGUUCUCCUUAAAAUAUAUUUGUAUCCUAUAUAUAAGGAAGGAAGAAAUGAUUUUGAAGAUCCUUAAGAAAAUAACUUUUCUCGUCAUGACAGUGCUUGGCACUCUGGGGAACAUGUCUGUUUCUGUGAAUUAUAUGUUCAGUUGUUUGGGAGGUCCUGAGAAGAAACUCAUACACCUUAUUCUCAUCCACUUGAGUUUUACAAAUAUAAUAUUCCUUCUUGUAAAUGGAUUGCCUAAGACAAUAGCAGCUUUUGGUUUGAGAAAUUUCUUAGAUGACGUAGGCUGUAAAAUCAUUGUUUACAUGGCAAGACUAGUCCGUGGCCUCUCCAUCUGCACCAGCAGUCUCCUCACUGUGGUCCAGGCCAUCAUCAUCAGUCCCAGAGCAUCUGGGUGGAGGAGACUCAGGCCAAAGUCUGCAUGGUACAUCCUUCCAUUCUUACUACUCUUUUGGAUACUCAAUGCUUUGAUAAGUGUGAACCUAAUCUAUUCUAUCACAAGUAUAGGUCUGAAUAUAUCACAGCUUAAGAAUAGUGACAAUUAUUGUUAUUUUACGCUACAAAGUCAGGAAAUAAAAUGGAUUGUUUUCCCUCUCAUGGUCCUCAGAGAUGCAGUGUUUCAGGGUGCCAUGGGAGGGGCCAGUUGCUACAUUGUAUUUUUUCUCCACAAGCACCACCAGCAUGUCCUCUACCUUCAGAACUCCAAGCUUCUCUACAGAACUCCCCCUGAGCUGAGAGCUGCCCAGAGUGUCCUCCUUCUGAUGCUCUGUUUUGUUUUCUUCUACUGGACUGAUUGUGCCUUUUCUCUAUUUCUAACUCUCUCUUCAGAGGUCAAUACCUUGAUGGUAUAUACUCGAGAUUUUCUGAACCUUGGAUAUGCAACUUUUAGCCCCUUUAUGCUGAUUCACAGGAAUGGCCUUCUGGCCAAAUGUUGGCUUGUUCAGUAG